AUGAGCCGUUAUCCUCUCUACGGAGUUAAUGACGAUGGCGUUUGGACCCGAGGUGGCUCCAUGCCGGAACCACCUCGGGCCGCGACCACGCAUACAACUAUUGUACAUUCACAACUAAAACCCGUAGCAGAUGCUGAUAUAUACAAGGUAGGCAUCUAUGGAUGGCGGAAGCGAUGCCUCUACAUAUUUAUUCUUCUCCUAACUAUUAUUAUUGUGUUAAACUUAGCCAUGACUGCUUGGAUUAUGUCAGUACUAGAUUUUUCCACGGUGAGUGUAUCUCAUACGUUUGAGUCAUACUACUUAGCUAGCCUAGGCUUGAUUUUCAUCGCUAGGAAAUAAAA